GUGGCUUUACAGCUGUGCUGCCAGUUGUUUGACGUGGACUGUAGUGCAGGGACGGUCUGAGGCAGUUAGAGAGCAGUGCUGCAGAGGAGAGGACUGAUGGAGCAUGGGGGGGAGUGUAACAGGGCGCUGCUGGUGUCUGUGGCAGAGUUUGACCAGGGAGUGAGUCUGGGGAAGAGACCUGGAGCCCACAAGGACAACAAGAGACUCCACCGCACCCUCAGCAAACUGGGCUUCAAGGUGCACGUCCACAGUGACCUGAGCAGUGAGGAGAUCUAUGAGCUGUUUCUCAAAGAGAGCCGGUGCCUGGUGAAGGACUGCUUUCUGGCCGUCCUGUCUUCUCACGGGGAGGAGGGCUGUGUGUUCGGAGCUGAUGGGAAACCCGUCCUGCUGUCUCGCAUCUUCAGAUGUUUUGACAACGAGUAUAUGGAGAAGAAGGCCAAAGUGUUCCUCAUACAGGCCUGUCGGGGACACGGCCUGGACGAUGGUGUGGAGGUGGAUUCAGCUGGUGACAGCAGAGCGUGCGGCUUCUUCCCUGAUCUCUCUGUUCCUGUAGAUACAGCUGUGAUGUACGCCUCAGCCCCAGGUUACGCAGCCUUCACAAAUCCAGUGGGCUCAGUUUUCCUCCAGACUUUCUGCACAUUAUUAAAGGAGGAAGGCAAUCGCCAGCUGGAGCUGACUCGGCUGAUGACCCGCCUCUCCCACACUGUGGCCUACAGCUUCCAGGCCAAAGGUCAUGCACUGGCUGGGAAGAAGGAAAUGCCGUGCCUCCUGACACGACUGACCAGGGAAGUGUUCCCAUUCUCGGAGCCAGAGAAAGAUAGCGGGGCCGCGGGGCUCUCAGCCACGGCGCUGCUCGGCCCUGAAGCCGUCAGAACACGGACUCCUUUAAUUGGUUAGACUGCAGCUCCUGACUGCAUCUAGACGUGAGACUAUCAGCGUUAACUCUGGUGGCCUAAACCUCGUAGAUUUCACUGGCUUUCACUAACUACACGUCUAAGAUCGACUGGAUCAGGACAUUCCUCAGUAACUGAGAUUCCAUUUAGAACUGUAUUCCAAAUGAUAUUUUUCCAAAACUAGGUGGUUUUUCAUUUUUGCUUAUGUCAAACUACAGUCUUGAAACAUUUCCACUGAAAUUGGCCAAACGAACACUUUGAGUCUUUGGUCUUUAAUUUUCAAACACAACUUCUCUCCUCAUAAUUAUCUUAUUUGGAAUAACCAGGACUUUUUGUUCAAAAAUAAAUCUCUUUUUCCAAACAGGCUCAAUAAUAACAUACUUC